AUGGCGUUGUCAAAUGAAUUAUUAAAACGAUUAAACUCGAAUGAUUAUCCUUUAGCGAAGCGAUUAAAAUUAGCAGAAACUGCGUUUUGUGAAGAUGAUCUACUACUUAUUUCCAAAGAAGACUUUCUUUUGGAAUGGUUAUGUAAAACUUGUGCUAUGAAUCAACAUGCUUGGAAAGAGUUGAAUAAUUGUUUAAAAUUUAACCAUAUCAAUAUUAGAGCAGAUAUAAAACAAUCUUUAAUUGAUAUGCUUAUUCAAACGUUAGAAAAGAACAAUCUGAAAAGCACAUAUGAUGAGGUCCUUGAAUGUUGCAGUUUAAUUUUUGUUAAUAAUAGUAUGCGGCAAUAUUUUAUAACCAAGCCAAAAAUUCUAGGCUUGUUAAUAAAAACUGUGUUCAAUAAUGUGUUGAAACAUUCUAACUAUAAUACUGUAAUACAAAAGAAGAUCAAUCAAUUAUUUGAGCCAUAUAAAUUGUCACCUGUAGAAAUUGAUCACACACAUAUAGAUAAUACAAAUCAACUUGGUAUAGCAGCCUACAAGUGCAUUCAACAAUUGUUGCUUGGAAAAAAUAGAUCUGUACAAAAUAAACAGACUGAAGAAAGUUGCCAAUCAAUGUUUUCAGACUUAUUUUGCAUGUUAUCUGAAAACAUAAAUACAUCAAAUCUACAGAGUAAUCUUUUAACAUAUCAGUUUAUUUUUCGUACCGUAAUAGGUACUUAUAAAUCAGAUACUAUUUUGUUGGAUACAUUUUUGAGAAAUCUAGUUAACUCUUCAGGAAAGUAUAAAUGGGAAAUCUUGGAUUCUUUUCUCAAAUUACUGAAUGACAUAACACUUGACUUUGAUAAUAUUAUAGAGGGUAUCACAUUAACUGAGUAUUUUCAGAAUUUUAUAAGUGAGAUUUUGACCGAUGAUAAACUGUUGAUGGAGAACGGAUGUAACGAUAAAUUAUUAGAAGUUUUGCAAAUUUUAAAAAAACAGAUAUCACAGGAACAAUGGAUGCAAAUGGCAAAUACAAUUUCUUUUGAAACUGUAUUAUAUUUAGAAAUACUUCUUCAUUUACCGAUAAUAUAUUUCAGUACUAAUGUAAGAACGUUAAUAUUUUUAAUUGUAUAUUUUAUUAGUAAAAAAUGUGGAAAAAAUGACAAGGUAUCGGUGUUAUGCAACAUGAUAUUUUCAGAUUUACUAGAAAAGACCGGAAUCGACCUAUUUCAGUAUAUAGAACCAAAAUUAUUAGUAAAUCAGUUAGCACAGAAUAAAAUAUUUUCGAAAGCUUGUGAGUUCUCUCUUCGAAACGUAAGAACAUAUGCCACUUUAAAGAAUCUCAUAAAAAGUUGUAUUCAAUGCAAGGAAACCAUGUGCAUUAUUUUGGAAUCAGUAUUAAAGAUGACUUUCCAAACUGGCAAAAUUACUGACACUUUAAAAAGAUUAACUGAAGCAACUCUCAAAAAUAUAUUCACGAAUGAUAAAUUAUUGCAACAAAGUAUGCAAUUGUUUAUUAUUGUUUUACAGCAUCGUAAAAUGUUUGAAAUUGAAAAUAUGAUCAUCAACUUAUGGUUUAUAAUGUUAAAGCAUCCUCAUAAGAAUUUGAUCAAACUUUUAUUAACAUCUUCUGAAUUAAAAGAAUUUUGUGAAUUCUUAAGACUAUUGCAUGAUGAAACGAUCCAUAUCUUGUUACAAAAGAAAGAUGAAGUAGUAUGGACAAAUAUAUUUGUCGUUUGGAGCAAUAUAAUGAAAAUAGAUAUGAAUGUUAAACGUAAUAAAGUGCGUUUGAAUGCAAUCAAUAAUCUGUUUGAAACUAUAUUAACAUUGGAUAUGCCACACAGAUAUUGGUCAGAGCUAUUGUGUUUGUCUCACGAUAUAAUCAGUGCCAAACAUUUACUUAUUCCGGACAUUACGAUCGAUCUUAUUAUACUAAUCAGUUUAAAGUCACUCGACGAAGUGAAUAUAUCAUCGUGCAAAGAUGUACUUACUAUAUGUAGAACAAUGAUGAAAGUCAAAACAGAUUUGAUAACAGACAAAUUACCUAAUUUAUUACUAUUAUAUAGACGUACAAUAAAUAUCAUUGUUCAUGCAUCGAAAAGCAUAAUCAAUAAAUUCGAUGAGCAUCGAUUCAGAUGUUAUGCGCUCGACAUCACAAAAUUGACAAACGUGCUAGUAAAAUUAAAGACAGCUAUGGUCCGAUUAGCUCCUUAUGUUAUCGCUGAUCUCUUGCUACUAAUUGUAGAAGGCACUAUACCAUCUUAUGUUAAGAUGGCUUUGCAUGAAUCUUUGUGUCAAUUAAUUAGCAUUUGUGAUCAGCAUGGACUCGCUUUCUUAUCUCGUACAUUACCAACAUCGUCACAAGAAGUUUUCAAAGUACAAUUAAAUACAUUCAAAAAGUUUUAUAAAUAUUCUGGCAAGAUUUAAGUAUCUCUCUUAAUUUAGUUUAAGAAGUCUAUCUAAUUUCUUUAAAAAAUAAAUUAA